GUGGGGAGAGGGAGGGGGAGAGAGAGGAGGGCAACGAGGGAGAGAACGGGAGAGCCCUGGCACUUGACUUCAACCACAGCUGCCAUCUCCGGACAAAACAUCACUAUCCUUCAUUCUCAACAAAAGUAAGUAGAAUUUCACAAUACAUGUUGUUUUUAUAAAGAUUAUAACUUUGCAAAGUGUUGGAUGUGUGCAGAUUCCCGGGGGUUCCCCUGAAAGAUGCCAAAGUGCCAAAUGUACCAUGUUGCUAUGGUUGUACACAGGUGCUAGAGCAGGCACAGGAAUAACAACCUUUUACAUGUUUGCAGUAGACUAAAAGAAAUGCAGACCCAAAUAAUAUAUAUUUCAUUACAUGUAAUUAUUUAUUGCUUUUCUAAAACAGAUUUGAACAGAAUAUUUAACAUGAUGUAAGAUAUUCACCAACAAGUUUCUUUUCUCAUGAGGCAUGCCUAGUAAUCUUUAUUCAAUCAGCUGUGUAAUUGUUGUGAUAUGUGAUAGAGAAAAAAAGAAAAAGUUUUACAUAUAAUAGUGUAAUCAAUAAUAAAUAUUUAUAAUGUAUUGCAGUCAUAUAAUGGAACUUGUGAUUCACUACCACAGGCUACGUACCUCCUGUUCCCUUGCACAUUUGCAUGUUAUGCAAAUUUAAUUGCAUACAAACUAAAUGAACAGUGAUUAAUAUAAGGUUUUGCAUUUUUUCCCUACACAUGCACUGUAGUAGUGCAAGACAAACUCCAUUAUAUGAUGUUUUUCUUCUCUCUGUCACCUAUCACCACAAUUAAUUAAUUAAUUGAUUAAUUAAUUAAUUUCAACAAGUGUUUCCUAUUUUCUUCCCUUAAGUGAAGUCAAAUUGUCCUCUACUCCCCUAUAAAAGGUAGAAGUGACAGGGGGAUGAAGAAAAACAGAGAGUUCCGUUUUGGAGGACCUGUUGACAUAUAAAGUGGUUUCCACAGCAGUUUCCUGACGGAGGUUAUGCAAUUUCCUCUGGGGAUGAGUAACAAGCUGUGCUUUGCUCUUGUACCCAUAGGAUUUUUCUAAGAACAAACAAGUUGUUAAUUGUGUAUGAGCAUUCAUAGUGAUCAUUUUUGUAACUAAGGACACGUGAUCUCUUCCAGUACCUUUCCAGAUAUGAGCGACUUAUUAUUUAUCAAGUAUACUUUGUAAUAAUCAAAAUAACUAUCUUCAAAUAAUUUUUAAGAAUAAACUAUUAUUAAUAAUAAAAUAGCAUUGUUAUUAAUUAUUAAAAACUGAUAACUGCAGAUGCAGGUUUUAAUCAUGCAGCAUGAUAUACUACAUGCUUCCUGGAAUACUACAGAUCAUUUGGCGUUAUAAUAGCAUACCUAUAGCUAGGCAAAAGGUUAACCAACAGGAAAGAUGAAGACAUUUUCUAGAAUGAUUAGAGUCGCAUAAGAUAGUAUUUAUUUAUUACACAUUUCUGCAACUGGAAAGCUUUCAUUCAUCGGUUGUUUGUCAUUUUCCAAGUACCAAAUUAUAUUGUCUGAAAAUAAAUGUGUAAAUUAUUAUAAAACCCCUGAAAAAAACAAAUCAAAGUAGCAACAUGGCAAGGUUAUGAAUAAACUACCAUGUCAUUGUGUGUUUACAGGUAAUAACAGAUCACACCAAAAAAUGAAGGGAUCUGUACUAAUACCCUGUACUAAAGGCCUCCUUCUUUUUGUUUUAUUGCAAACAAGUUUGAUUUUGUAUGCAAGUGCACAGAACAGCACAGAUUCCACAAAUAUGACCAUUACUCCCACUAUGAUCACACUGAUGAAUCAGACUUUAAAUACUACAGGGGUUCCCUCAGGUGACAACAUAAACACUACUGGCACAAAUAACACAAACUCAGCAAUGGUAUCCUGUCGAGUUUUCUCUUGUAAUUACUCAGCGUGCUACAGUACAUUCACAAGCACAAAUGACACUACUUGCUCGGCUCCUGCAAAUUUUUGCGAGCUGAGAAGAGACAGAGAUGCGACAUAUUCAGUGGCGUGCACGAGCACCUGCCUCAGUGCCUGUAUGAACACCUCUCAGAACAACUGCUCCAUUAAUUGUUGCUCCGACAAUUGUGUCAACUCCACUAUCAACACCCUACUCAACUCUUCCAUCAUAAUGACUACUACAACAACCUCCACCACCACUACCACCACUGCUAAGAGCUCUACUGUUGCAUCCACCACCAUGGCAACCAAUGGCAAGAAGUGCCAUAAGCUUACCUGUAAUGGAGACGUCUGUUAUCAAGGCAAUACUAAUGUUGCACUGUGUACUCCUGGCCAGAACUUCUGUAUGCUGAAGAAAACUCUGGCUGUAACAGUGGUGACCUGGACAGCAAGCUGUAUUGAGGACUGUAGCAAAGAGACAGUGUGCACCUCCAGCAAUAGCAACUGUGUCCUAGAGUGUUGCAAUGCUACCACCACAGCCUCCUGCCUCAAGUUGAAUGGCCAAGUAAAUGUUCUUGGCUCUGGCACUAUGUCUCCAUGCUCUCACAUGCCACUUGUGGUGUUUUCAUUCUUCUUCUGUUUGUUAAUGAUGGGCAAAUCUGCAGAUUAGAUUAUAUGUUUCGAGCACUAGUUGAUUGCUAGUUGUGUGUGUGUGUGUGUGUGUGUGUGUGUGUGUGUGUGUGUGCAUGUGUGUGUAUGAGGAAUUGUGUGCUAUUUAUUUAUCUGCAUGUCAACUGAAGGGUAUAUACGAUAUGUUCUAUAAAGAGAGAAGAUUAUACUAUAUGAUGAGGAAAUGUCUAUAAUUUAAUUAUGUAUAAUCCAUACCUUAAGCUACAAGCAGCAUAGUGAGAGAAAUUGCAUUUGUGCUGACAAAUUCAUUAUAUACAAAUAUAUAUUAAUCGUCUAUCUUAGUUUAGCAUGCUUACUUUACCAUUUGCAUAUGAUAACAUGGCUUGUUUUGCAGCAAACAGCCUUAGGGCCUUAGGGCUUAGCAAACACUUAGGGCCUUUUUUUGAUUGAUGACUAUUAUUUUCAAAUGUUUGGGUAAUGUGGAUCACAUUACCUGCUCAGCAGUCUUUCUUUCUCCUGCCAAAGCAGAUAAUCCAAAUCCAACAUUCAGAACAAAAUGUUUUAUUCUGCCAUUAAGCAUGCCCAUUAAGGCUGUCUGACAGAACAAUGAGGAUGUAAUCAACAUACAUAACUGACAACCAAACAAAAAGGAAAAUAUAUAUGCACUUUAUACAUAUGCUAGAUAAAUGUAGUCUAAUUAAUUUGUGUAUAUGUGAAAUGGUUGUGUGGCAGAAGACUUUUAGCUAAAACUCUAAACCAAAAAGGUUUAUUUUUGAACAAACAUCUAUUGCACUAUAAGAUUGUAUAACCAUAUCUACAUUUUAUGUUACAAAUUAAAUACUUAUUGAUAACAUUUGAUUUAGCAUGUUUGAUUUAUAAGGAUUCUUGUAUAAUUAAAAUUAAACCAGUCCAACACCAAAAAUACUUUGUCAGAAUUAAUCAAAGGACUUCUUAACAAAACUGUUUUAUGAUCCAUACUGUAGG